GUCUGAGAGCUGAAUAACACAGGCCGUAGGCAAAGGUCACAUUUGUUUACAUUCUGUCAUGAAGUAUGUCAAUGGCGGCCCGUGCUCAUCACCUGAAGAUGGAUGUGGACCCUCCCCGUCUCCAACACCAGUACCUCAACUACAGGAGAAACUGGAUCAGAUACGAUCCAUGAUGACAACGAGUCCUUCCAAAAUUGUUAAAGAAAUACAGAAAAGAAAGGCAGAGGAGCUUAAUGACAUGUCUCCAGCAGUAAAGACUAUUUACAAUGAACUAAUGACCUCUGCAUCAAAGGCCAAAUCUCCUUCUCUCACCAGGAAAUUGAAAGUUCUGAAGGAAAAACCAGAAAACGAGCAGAAUGGGGGUACCAGUCCAUGUUUUUGAAAACACACCAAAUGUCAAGGAUUCCAUAAUAAAGCAUAUGAAGGACCUCCUGGAUGUGGAGAGGAAAAGGAACUCCGAGCUACAAAAUCGUCUGAAUGAAAAAACUAGUACUAAAGUGUUUGGAAUUGAACGUUUUAGAUGUUCCCCCUGUGACAUUCAGUUUUAUACUGGUCUGCCAGAUUAUUUAACUUUCUUUGCCUUGUGUGACUUUCUACAACCUGAAAGACACAAAAUGCAAGCAUUGUACUAUGAGCGCAAAUAUACAUAUUGUGGAUAUGUUAUCAACAGAGGGAGAGACCCAAUUCUAAGUAACAGUUAUUUCUUGUACUGUGUAUAUUGAAACAAGGUUACAGAGAGGUUGACCUCGCUCAUCGUUUUGAGAUUUCUCCAUCUACUGUCAGUGAUAUCAUCAGCAAGUGGAUUAAACACUUGGGACAUGUGCUUACACAACUUCCAAUCUGGGCUCCAAGGAGUGUCAUCGGGACCUGUGAUACAGUAACACAAGAUGCAUAAUUGACUGUACUGAAAUAUUCAUACAGCAACCAUCUUCCAUCUUGGUAUUACAGACUGUUCUGUUUAGUACGUACAAAAACCACCAUACUGCUAAAGUUCUUAUAGCAAUAACACCAUAUGGUUCAGUAACAUUUGUCUCCGACUUGUAUGUGGGUUCAGCAACAGAUUAUGAUAUAACCAAGGACUGUGGCUUGUUGAAAAUGAUUUAGCAUGAUGAUCACAUCAUGGCAGACAAAGGAUUUGAAAUUCAAAACUGAUUAGAUCCUUUGAGUGUACGAGUUGACCAUCCAUCCAUAUUAAGAGGAGUGUAGAGCAAGAAACUUCCACCAGACGAAUAGCUAGAUUGAGAAUUCAUGCUGAGAGGGCAAUCGAAAGAAUAAAAAAAUUCAGAAUUCUCCAGGAAAACUUCCCAUUUAAACAGUUGCGGAUGUUGAAUGAUAUUUGGAAAAUCUGUGCCAUUCUUACACACUUUCAGCCAAAGCUGAUUGAUGACUGAUGUGACUUGAAAUGUAUAUAUAUCAUAAAUUAUAUACAAUAAUUUAUUCCUGUGAGAUAUUU